AUGUUUUUCCAGCCUAAAGCUUCCAAAAUACGUACUAGCAAACAUCAUGCAUCGGUCAAACUUCCACAAGUUGCAAGUAAAGACGCCAACCAAGAUUUACCCUCUUUCGAAUCCAUACGCCCAACUGAGGCUGAGGUUACAGCCAGCGAAGGCCGGCAACUGGUGAUUCAACAGAGUAAAAAAGCGAAGCAGAUGGAAAAACGCGAGGCAUUCUUGCAAAAAUUGGAACCGAGCACGAAACAGGCUUCAAAAUCUCAUGAAAGACGACUGAAACGAAAAGCAAAAGAGCAACUUGUUGCAGGGCUGAAUGAACUACAAUCAGCCCUUGCCUCGCUGGAAGAAGAGAGUGGACGGGAGGAAGUCCAAUCGACAAAUGCUGAUACUUUGCAUGCUGAAAAAACUUCGAAGCCGGCUGUGAAACCUGGCAUUAUUGGAAAGAGUGGCUCUUCUACCCUCUCUAGAGCUCAGAGAAAAAGAGUACUGUGA